GGCGAGAGAGCAAAGUCAUUGCUCCAAGACUUCCAUUGCUUGCUAGUCUGAAAGCAAAGCUUGUGUCUCAUUCAGAAUGAACAGCACAUAGGCUGGCCUCUCCGUGCAUCUAUAUAAACUGGCCCUGAUCAAUCUCAUCUUCCAUCAGAGCAAGCUCAUCACUUCCUGCAAACUAAAGCUACUCUUCAGUGGGAUUGCAUUUCGACCGAGCUAGAGAGAUUUAUAGCUAAGCCAAUGGCAUCACAGGUUGAGAGCCACCGUGCCGGCGCGGAGAUCGUCAGUGGAGACGGCGUCAGCAGGAAGAAGUCCAUCGAGCUGCUGGAGGAGCUCGGCCUCCCCAAGGGCCUCCUGCCAUUGGAGGACAUCGAGGAGUUUGGCUACAACAAGGAAACAGGAUUCAUGUGGCUGGUGCAGAGGAAGAAGAAGAUCGAGCACACCUUCAAGAAGAUCAAGCAGACCGUCUCCUACGCCGGCGAGGUCACGGCGUUCGUCGAGAAGGGGAAGCUGAAGAAGAUCACCGGCGUGAAGACCAAGGAGCUGCUGCUCUGGCUCAGCGUCGUCGAGGUCUACGUCGCCGAUGCCUCGCCGGAGAAGGUCACCUUCAAGACUGGAACUGGGCUCUCUGAUACCUUCGAUGCCACUGCUUUUGCUCUCGGGGAGUAAGAACUAAGGUCUAAUGAGUCGGCUACUCCUAUCGUCUAAAUUAUGUAAAAGGCUUAAAGCCACUUUCUUACAUCACCAUGUACUGUUGUAUCUCUGUAUUGCAAACACAGUCACAUAUGAGUAUAUUCCUGUAUUUGUUCGGAUAUAUUAAAAAAAUUCACUGUUUUGCAUGUUUAA